AUUCUUCUCCACACAGUGGCAGGAAGUUGUCCAGAUAUCCGCAGGGCCUCUGAAAAAAGAGCGAGUGAACAAAGUGGGCUGGGUGGUGGUGUGGGAAGUUGUUAGCGGUUGUGGCGGCGAUGAUGGGACUGGGCAACUUUACUCAGAGUUAACUGUUCAUUGUGAACAGCAGGACUACAGCUACACCGCAUAGCUACAGAUUAAGUGUAUAACACUGUGAGUCGCUCCCGGAGAUCAGAGGCGGGUUUAACCAAACAGCUGGACUGGACUCCUGAUCCCUCUGGACAUAGACGAAAAGGAGCACCGCAGCUGGUGAACAACCUGAAGAUGUUUGUUCUGAGGACGUUUGUUCUGCUGGGACUGAGCUGGACAUGUCAAGCUGCGUCUGGUGAUCCGUGGGGCCAGUGUCCAGUCAACAGAAAGUGUAAGGACAAGUUUGGAGACAACUCCUGUGACAGAGAGUGCAUGGAGCCUGAGUGUCUCAGAGACGGUUUCGACUGCCUAAAGGACCGGGGCCACUGCAAUCCUGGCCACAUCCUGUACUGCCGUGAUCACUACGCCAAUUCCCACUGCGAGCAGGGAUGCGACAAUGCUCCCUGUGGAUGGGACGGCAGCGACUGCUUCACACACCAGAGCCCCCUGUGGGCCAAAGGAACCUUGGUCCUUCACGCCAAUCUCCCACAACAACGUGGCACCUUUUCCAACAGCUCCCUGCUCUGGGCGCUCAGCAUCCUCCUCCAGUCGCCACUCAAACUGAGAGGCUGGGCCCCCCUCGCCACUAACAGGAAUUUGUUUGACUUUGACCCUCAGCAGCUCGCCAGCCUGCUGGCUCAGGCAUCUGCGGGGGACUCAAAUGGCUCCCUCCUUUUCCUCCAAGUGGACAACAGGCCAUGCUCCCGCCUGCCCUCUACCUGUUUCCCUUAUGCCACUGAGGCAGCCAGUUUCCUGCGUGCAGUAAUGUUGCUAAAGCCUGGCUUGUUACACACUCUUGCUGAGCUGAAGGCCGUCAUCAGUAUUAGAGGUGUCCGAGAGGAAAUAGGAAGCAGAGAGGAGGAAACGGUAAAAGUGGAAGUCAAAGAUCCGACCCCUGCAUGGCUAUGGGCCUCGAUUGCUGUAGCGAUUGGCCUGCUGCUGGUGCUGGCCCUGGUGGUGUUCCUGGUGGUGAGGAGGGUGAGGCAGCGGCGGUCGGAGAGGGAAGGUGGUAGUAGAGUUAGACACCGGUCUACGGUCACAGACAAUAACCCAAAAUCCAAGGCCUUGACACCACACCCAGCCCACCAAGACCAGAGGGCUAGGUCAAGCAGAGAGAAAGAGAAGAUCAGCUUGAGGAAAAAGAAGAAAGCAAAGGAAGCAGAGAAAAAGAGAAGGAGGGAACCGCUGGGGGAGGAUGCCAUUCGAAUGCGACCUCUCAAACGGGACCAGGAUAUAGGAAGUGACACAGACUUUACCCAGAGUUCAAUGGAAGACAUCAAUGCGAGAUGCUCCAGACGACAAGAGGAAGCCUCAAUCUGUGACCACAGGAGCCAGGAGCAGAAACCCUACCGGCCUGGAACCUCGCAGCCCUGUAGACCUGUACAACCUCCACCUAGAGGAUGGGAGAGAAACGCCAUGCCUCCUCCUCUGCUCAGUCCUCCACAGCAGUCGGCAGAGUGGUGUGGCCCGGAUGGGUCUGUGGUUCUGAUCCGAGCGGUGCGUAGCGGACUGGACAGGGUGGUCUUGGAGCUGCUGCGAGCGGGAGUGCCAGUCAACAAUACUGAUCAUACCGGGAGAUCAGCCCUGCACUGGGCAUGCUCAGUAAACCACCUCUCCCUAACGAGGACCCUCAUUCGCUACGGGGCCGCUGUGGACCUGCAAGACAACAAGGGCGAGACUGCUCUCUUCCUCUCCGCCAUCCAUGGUUGCUAUGAUACGGCCAGACUUCUCCUCCUUCAUGGUGCCAACCUGGAGCUGCACGAUCGGAGAGGACGUCGUCCAAUGGACGUGGCCAGAGAGGGCAUGCAUCACCAGGUCCUGGAACUCCUGUUGGCUCACCAAAUUCAGAGAGGGCCUGUUCCCGUCGACACGGCCAAUGACAUGCUGUGGGAGGAUCGCACCCUGAUGUACUCGCCGUGGGUCGGAUCACAAGGCAUGCCUGGAAGAAGUGCCUCCUUCUCUGGGAUCAUAGGGCAUCGAGAUAUGACCCCACCUCCACAAAAUGACUGGUCGAUGAGCCGAGUGCAGUACCCCUCCCCUCAGAACUGGAGACCACAGCUCAACCAAUCUGCAACAGCACUGGUCCCUCCUAGAGUCAUGGGCCGCUCCCCCCGGCCAAUCAGCACCUUACAGGAAGUAACCUCAGAGGAUGAGGAUCGUGAUAGGCAUCAGGAAGUCCCCAGGGCUGCAACACCUCACUUCCUGUCGCCCCAGCCUGCCCCUCGGCAGCGUUCCUUUUCCUGCACCCAGCAUGCAUUGCAGCGUCGCUCCAGUGCCCCCCAGCCAGAGCCCAAUUAUAUUAUUGUGACAGACAGAACAGCCAAUGAGCCCAUAGAAACAGUGGUUGUUUCACCUCCUACAUAUGCUGCCGUCCAAUCAGAUCGCCAGCCAGUUAUAAACAGUGACACUCCCAGUAGAGCAGAGCAAUUAGCGGUGAGUUCAGCAGAUUCAGAGCAGAAAUCCAGAGGUGAGAGGUCAAACAACACUCCUGACUCCACACAAACAGCCUUGUAGAGGAACCAGCAGCAAAACUUGCACAGCUUCUUUUCCACUCAGCCCAUAGAGAAAGCCACAGAGAACAUGUGAACAUAAUGACUUACAAUUACAGAGAGGCUAGGAGUUUAAGUAUGGCAUUAUGUGUAUUUUGUUGUUCAGCCUAAUACAAACUAAAAAGCUUACAAGGACGCCCAACAACUAGAGGGAGUCCAACCUUAAUUUGCUGUAAUUUUGGGACCUUUAUCAUUAUCCAGUAUGCAUCUGUUGGGUGUCACCUGACAGAUUUUCUUGUAAGAUCACUUAUUUGUUACAUUCCUGUCAAAUGAAUACACAGCAGCACUUCCCAAAUGACCUCCACAGUUUUUUACUCAGCCUUGCCUAAAUUAUUAUUAUAAUAUUUUUAAUAGGGAGGGGGGUAUUGUUCAUAUUUUCAUAUAUUACAUACUGUAGGUAAAAAGAAAAUAACAUGUCUGAGAUGAAUGCCAGUUAAACGUGAUGAAUAUCACAGUUGCGCUCCAACAUAUUGUGAAACUUGUUGCCAAAUAUUGUAAUAUAUUCCCAUGGUCUUGACUUCUAACAGGUUGUACUCUGAUAAUUGCGGAAACAAUGAAAGAGAAAUUAUUAUAAGAAACAUGUGCAUGGUAGCACAAAGAUGUCAGAAUCAUGCUGAUGCAUGCAAUAAAGAGACUUUUCUUGC